CGUCACCAUGGCUGCAGAGGACGCGAAGUGAAGUAAUUGUGGGGGCUGCUUUCAUUCAUUUGCUCAGAAAUGGCAAAAAUGUAUCAUAAAGAGAAGAGCAUCCAGAUAAAGAGCAGUGCAUCUGCUCUCUACAACAACCUCAGUGUGCUGCGCAUUGCCCCGCGCUGCCUCACCUAUUUCACUGUGGUCCACGCCAACGUGGUCAACAUGGUCAGCGCCUCCUGGGAUGGACUGAACUAUUCACACCGACAGCUGCAGUCCAAAGAGGGCAACGUGGCCACCAGCUCCUCACUCAUUAUGCAGGCAGCCUGGUGUGUCCUACCAUCCAGAGACCUCCUUGUCCUCACGUCUCAAAAAGGGAUACAGAUGUACGAGUCUGAUGGCUCCAUUAUGGUGUAUUGGCACGCACUGGACACUCCAGAGACUCCCACAGCUCAAGCAGUGUUUGCGAGAGGGAUUGCUGCAGUGAGAGAGAAAUACAUCUGUGUAGGGGUCUCGUCUGGUUCAGUGCUGGUGUUUGAUGUUCCCAGCAAAGGAAGCAACAUUACACUUUCUGAAGUCCUAGAGGAACACACAGAGGCUAUCACAGACAUGGCUUCAGAGUGCUCAGGCAGUAUGGAAUGUAUAGCUGAUUUGGUGAGUGCUGAUGACUCAGGUCUUCUCUGUGUGUGGAAAUCUGGAGGGGAUUUCCAGCUUCUCAACAAGAUCCCUGGAUUUGACACUAGCUGUUCCUCUGUGAAGCUGUGGAAAGGCACUGUGAUAGCCGGUUAUGGCACAGGACAGAUUCGCCUGUACGAGGGAGUCACUGGGAUCCUGCAUGCUGAGGUCAAUGCCCACGCCCGCUGGAUCUACUCACUGGACAUCGCUCCUUUCACUGGUCUGCUGCUGUCUGCUGCUGAGGACUCUCUAGUUCGAGUAUGGCAUUUAACUAUCACCCCAGAAACCAACAGUGUAGAGAUCGAACACCUGUAUAAUGAAUGUGUGACGGACACUCAGAUUUGUGGAGCCAAGUUCUGCGACGGCGACGGCUACGCAUUCGCAGUCACGGGCUACGACUUGAGCGAGAUCAUCCGCUACACACAGGCUUAGAAAGUGCUCCCUGUGAUUAUCUGAGGAACGUUUACUGUAAGACACAGGCCUGACUGUGUAUGAUGGUAGAGCUUGUUUGUUUGUGAUUUGGUUUACAGUAUAGGUGCAGGGAGCAAGACUGUCAGCAGUACAUUGUGUUCUGUGUACUGUAGUGGAAGCUGAACUCUGGGUCCAAAGAGGCGUGUGAAAGUCAUCAUCAUGUUUCUGCAGCCAUUCAUUGGUCUAAUUUAAUCACACUGGUCAAAGUGAAGCCUCAGUAUAAAGGAAUAGUUUUGCAAAAAAUCUAAUUUACACAGGUUUUCCUUUAAUUCAGUUGCAGUGAGUCAGCCAAGCGUUUGGUAUCUGACGUUUGUGUCUUUUCUGGAGCUAAGAGGCUAAAUAAGCUAACAAAUAAUGGAAGCUUAUACUGACCAAAUGGAAUAGUGAAAAUGACAUGCCUAAACAUUCUUAAACUGCGCUGUGUAAAUUAGAUUUGUCACAAAACGUAUUCUUUUAAAGAUGAGGCAAGCCUGAGAUAAAAAUGUUCUUGCAGUCAGUUCUUUUCUAAAGAGGCUGCAGCUGAAAAUACAGGGUGGAUAUUUUGAAAGAGUAUAGGAGAGAGGCAACAAAAGACUGGUAACUAGACAUGACUGUGAUAAUAGCAUAUACGUUCAAAUAGACAUUUAAAUUAAAAAAUUAUAUUAAGUAGGAAUGUCUUUGUUUCAUAUAGUACUGUGCAAAAUUCAGAGACCACCCUUUCAUUGAUUUACUUUCCAGUCAAAAAUGCCUAGUAAGUACAAAUUAUUUAAUUUUAGCUUGGUUUCGGCAGCAAAAUGAUAUGAGAGUAUUACACAGAAGUCUCCAACACUAAGGAUAAUGUCAAAUCUAUCAUUGUUUAGUUUGUCCACUCAUUAGAUUAGUGCACCCUACUGCCAAAGCAACUACCCAAACUCACCUUAGCCUUUGCAUCUACAAAGGCUAUAAGAGAUAUUUCUGAGGAGAUUAGAUUUAAGAUAAUCUACUUGCAUAAGGAAGUGGAAAAGCAAAAGAAAAUCAGUGAAAAAACAGGAGUUUCCAAAAACUGGAGUUAAAAAAUGAAUAAAUUUUAUAGACAAAGAUAAGGUAGGAUAAGAUCAAGCUCUACUUUUGCUUCAGAUCUGAAGAAAUCCACAGAUGUUUCUGUCCACUGUGAGAAGACAACUCAACACUAAGCUGUUGCUGAGAGAAGGAAUAAAAAUUGCAAUUCAGUGGACGUCUGGACUGGACAUCUGAGAUGUGGAGUAAGGUUUUAUGGAUGAAAAUGAUGAGCAGAAAACACAACCAUCUGAACUUUGGAGGUGUGGAAAAAUCUUCCUGCAGAUUUCUUUGAAAAACUGAAAGUAAGUCUCCUGAAAAGAAUGAAAGCUACUAUGUUUAGUUGUGGAGCCUUCAGUGUAAUUUUCAGUUAAAUAUAUAUGUGUUUUCUACCUUUUUCUUGAUGCUGAAAGUUGUAUCUUGCACUUAAUGGCUGGCUGUUUUGACUGGAAAUCAAAUAAAUGUGGGGUGGUUUCUGACUUUUGCACAGUACUACAGGUGUGUAUGUAUUCUUGUAUACUUCUGUACUAGGGGUUAUAUUGGAACCAUGCUGAGUGACUUCUUUACAGUAGACGUUAUGUGUAUCUUCAUAUCAAAAUGUGGCUGAAGUCGACUUUGUAUCAACAUAGUUUGAAUGUAUUUAUUUAAUAUGAAUGUUGUUGUGUUAAUGAGACAGACUAUUUUUCCUUAAAGAAUUCUUAUGUCUUACAUUGUGCACUUCUGGUGCAAGAGCUGUUGUCAUAAAAUUAUAGUAUUAUAUUUUUCUUGAUCAAAAACGCUAGUCAAUAAACGU